CGUGAUCGAAUGACAAAAUCUAAAAUGGCCGAAACUGGUCAUUGAAUAGGGAAAAUAAUCGCUAUGUUUCCCCGACGAAGUACACCAACUUCGUGUGGUGUUUGUCAACGUUAAACUAAUAGAAACCUUCGUAAAAACAUUGGUUGUUUAGAUCCAUGGAUGUGUUGGACGAAAAUGAAGCACUUAAAAGAUUUUUUGCCAUUGAGUCUCCCGAGGAGCUCAACUUCGAGCAGCUAGAGCAGUUCAUUACAGAAGACGAGCAGGACUUUGCCCUGCAAGGGCACCAGGAUGGUGUCCCAGCGGGGCAAGGCUUGGUUCCGGGCGUGACCCAGGGCGUGGCCCAGGCCCAGGCCCCGCCCGCCAACCAACCCCAGCCAGCCACCCUCAGCACUGCCAACCAACCCGUGACCGCUAGCCGGCCCAUCGUGGCAAAGAGCGCCCACGCUCCCCUGACACAUACCCAGAUUAUCUACGAUGACCGACAGUACAGCGCACAUCUCCCCCUUGGCAGUUUGCCAGAUUCACCACCUGAUUCGGGUUCAGAGCCUUAUUCCCCUCCCGAGGCUAAGCCCCAAGCUUUAAUGGGUUCCCCAGGGGUUACCAGCCCGAUUCUGAACCGGUCCCCAGUCCAGCCGUAUCCCCAGCCCCAGCCCCAGCCCCAACAGGCCCAGGGAGUUCUCGGGGACUUGGGUCAAGCCGCCGUGGGCUUAGACCAGGUGGACCUCCAAGACCAAAUGGCUCAACUCAGCGACUACCUCAACAGCAGCGCCGCCAUGCUGGACCUGGGCAGCAUCCCCUCCAUGGAGGCGCAACAAGGGGUGACUCAAGGGGUCAUACAAGGAGACAGCGACAUCAUCGGGAUGCUGGCGGGCGAGGUACCCCAGGAGGGCCUGGUGGGCAUGGGUGGGGCCGUAGAGGGGGGUCUGUUACCUGCCCCCGCGGUGCCCACCGACCAUCAGGCCGGGAUGCAAAUGGGGAGCCUCCCGCAGACGGACUUGCAGAGGCGAGAAAGUAUACUGACACAUCAGGCCAAGAAGCGGAAACACUCGCUAACUCCAGAGAACAGCAUCAGGAGAAAUUCAGAGUCGCCUUUAGAGAUACAGAUCAAACAGGAACCUGGCACUGAGCCCUGUGACGUAGAACUAGGAGUGGAUAAUGCCAUGUUCAUUGACCAAGAGUAUGAAUAUGCAGCAGGGGAUGGCAUGGCCUACACAGACACACCCUACCAAUUCAUCAAGUGGCUUCCCUAUCAGAACAACAAGUGGCACCCCCUUGUGGAUGCCGCUGGCCAAGAAUUACCACUUGUCACAUAUCGCGUGGAGGCCGACAAAGGAUUCAACUUCUCCGUCGUUGACGACGCUUUCGUGUGCCAGAAAAAGAACCAUUUCCAGGUAACCUGCCAUGUCGGCAUCAAUGGCCCGGCUAAGUAUGUCAAGACAGAGAAUGGGCUGAAGGCAGUGGACAGCUACCAGAUCCACCUGCACGGCAUCAAGGUGGAAGCGCUCAACUCCUACAUCCGAGUUGAGCAGUCCCAGGCCAACAGGAGCAAGAGACCCUUCCAACCGGUCAAGAUCGACGUCCGCUCAGACCAGAUCACCAAAGUCACCAUCGGCAGACUGCACUACAGCGAGACGACAUCCAACAACAUGCGCAAGAAGGGCAAGCCCAACCCAGACCAGCGCUUCUUCAUGCUGGUGGUGGCCGUACACGCACACUGCGGGGACCAGAACUACACACUGGCAGCGCACGUCUCGGAGAGAAUCAUCGUCAGAGCCUCCAAUCCUGGUCAGUUUGAGAACGACGUGGACGUCAUGUGGCAGAAAGGACAGACACAAGACUCAAUAUAUCAUGCGGGUCGCAUUGGCAUUAACACGGACAGACCAGACGAGGCUCUGGUUGUCCACGGCAACGUACGCAUCACAGGUCACUUGAUGCAACCCUCCGAUGCCAGGGCCAAGGAGAACAUUGAGGAGGUUGACCCUAAGGAGCAACUGAAGAACAUUGGCAAAGUGCGCAUCGUGCGAUACAACUACAUCCCGGAGUUUGCUGAGCAGGCGGGCCUACCAGAAUGCGACCAGAUUGAGACUGGCGUCAUAGCCCAGGAAGUGCAGGACGUCAUUCCUGAUGCAGUCAACGAGACAGGCGACGUCCAACUACCCAACGGCAGCAGCAUCGACAACUUCUUGACAGUCAACAAGGACCGCAUCUACAUGGAGAACGUGGGCGCAGUCAAGGAGCUGUGCCGACUGACGGACAACCUGGAGACUCGCAUCGAUGAGUUGGAGAAGAUGAACCGCAGGCUGGCCAAGCUGAAGCGGCUGGACAGCUUCAAGUCCACGUCGAGCAGUGGGACAUUCAGUCGUUCUGGCAGCAAUCGCUCGGGCGUGGGCUACAGUAAAGGCCACAGGAAGAACAGCGGAGGGGAUAGCUGUAAGCGCAAAGCCCAGGAAGAGGACGCGUGUCUGACGCAGCGAGCCAUGCGCAUCAUUAUCAUCAUCCUAGUCUUCAUUAUGCUCUUCUGUAUUGGAUCAAUGGUGGCACUGUAUCUACUUCAGUUGAGGGAAACUGGCAGUGCGCAAUCAACCAAUCCGUCAUUCUCAGAGGGGAUUCCGGGUGGACAGAAUGGAACAGCAGGGGGCAGCUUUUUCCCGGGAGACUCCACAACUUCAGAUUCCUCAGAAACGGGCCGUGAAGACAUGCCGUUUGAGUCAGUCACUAUUGACGAUGAUUGCAGUGCCCCAGACUGCCACCCAAUGUUUUGCUGUAAUUUCCCCGGACCUCCUGAUCCUGAAUCAGUUAAGACGGAUCGUUCAUCUGAAUACGACCCAUCCAGCAAUACCGAGUCCUCCAUUCAGGACGUGGGAGAGAGCAGCACUAGUGAGGAGACUACAGUCUCCGAGCGAUCUGAAUUGCUGGAGCACAUGAAGAGACGGGAUACCAGAUACAAACGGGACAACCUCAUGGCCAACCAAGUCACAAACACCUUUCCUGUAUCCAGUUUGAUGGUGGACAAACUGAACAUCAUGAACACCACAGUUUGUGUUGAGCCAUGUGGGCAAGACGGCAAAUACAGCUAUCACAUAUCAGUCCCAGCGUAUGUUCCAUUCCAGAGCUUCACACUUGAGAUCAACACAACGGACUCGACCCGAAUUUGGCUCUGCAUCCCCGACGUCAAAAUGCUGUGUCCAGAUGCGGAGAAUCUCCCCCCUGAAGGACAAAGUCUCCGCGAGGGUAUAACUCACCGGUGGAGCAUUCCGGUUGGCUAUUAUGUUACUUCCUCCUACACAUUCCGAAUCACAUCCUUGCAAAGCGAUUUCAAUUGUGACUCCAGAGUGGAUGGCAUGGGCACGGAUUUCGUUGAGUACAGCUUCCAUUUUGCCCGGAACCUCACCAUGUGUACACAGGGAUAGGGGUCAAGAGGUUAUGAGGUGAAAGUUCAAAGGUCAUUACGUAUUGCUAUGGUUCAGGAGGCUACCACUGUAAUGUUUUAUAACCUGACUGCCAAAACCUCUGAAACAAGUUGGGAUGUAUUUUGAGCACCAGUGAAGGUCGGUACCCAUUUCCACUGGUUCCCCACAAUAUUGACUACUGUGGUGGUGCAUUUUGAGCACCAGUGAAGUUCGGUACCAGUUUCCACUGGUUCCCCGCAAUAAACUAUGCACUAAUGCACCCAGCAGGGUGCCAACACCAGUCAGCACCGGUUGCCAUUCACUGCCAGGAGUCUUUGCCCUGUUAGAGUUUAACGAAUACCGGUGAAAAUUUAAUAGUGGUGCACUCAUGAAUACUGACAGUUUGCGUGCCUUGUCUUAAUUCAAACUUUUUUUCAUUGUAAAUAUGUAUUAAUAGACGAUAGACUUAAAAAGAUGUUGAGAAAACGUUAACCGAUAUUUUUAAUUGAUUUUAGAGUAGUGGAAGAUGCCCGACAAAAUUUCAACAAUGGCUAAUUUCUUUAUCUCUAGAAAGCCCUUUUUUGAAUGUGUGUGUGUAUUUGUUUGUCAGUAAAUUGCGGUGUUUAUUCAUUGAGCUGGUAAAACAUUUCUAUCUUGUGUUAUGUUAGACUUCCAAAAGAAAAAAAAUCACUGUACAGUUAUUGUCUGUUGAGGAUCUUUUUAUUAUAUUAACAAAAUCUCUCUGAAAUAAUUCUUCACUGUUUUCACGAAGGGAUGGGCAUGUAAAAAAAUGACAUUUUUUUCAGAAUUGAUUUUGUUUGGCUUUAAAUUUGCUAUAAAAGUAGUGCUUAUUCGUAAAAGUGGAAUCAAUGAGAUUUUUAUUGUCACGUGGGAACAGGCUCCCUUGUUUUAAUUUUCAGAUGCGCAAGUACACAUGCAUGCCCUCUCCUCCCCCCCCCCCCCAUGGCAAAACACAUUGCACAGAAGAGUGUUAAAAGUAGAUUAACAGGAUUUUGGCUAUAACUGAUUAUUAUUUGGUUCACUAGAAAGGUAAGCUCUCAAAAAAUCAUGUGGGAUUUUUUUUUUUUACUGCGUAGAGUAGAUGCAUUGUGGAACAUUUGGCACUUUUAAAAGGAACUUUUAUUGCGCUAUAUCGAAGGGUGCUUUUCUUUAGACUCGGAUGCCCAUCACUUCGUGAAACCAGUCACAAAUUCUGGAGAACGCACUUUAAUCAGGAAUAUGAUUAAGUCAUCCCUAAUUGGGUUUUUUUUCUGGUUCUUUUGACGUUAUUCUGAGAAGCAAAUAUCAGUGUGUGAAAUAAGACUAUUUUUAAUGUCUCCAUGUGAACUAGGUGCAAAGAUUUCCCAUUCACUUUGGAUUGCAUGACGAAACACAAUUGUAAAGGGUAAAAGAAAGAUGGCUGCAAAAUUUGUCACAAACGAAUUUCAUAUCCACACUUUUAUUUUCUCUUUGUAUUCGUAAGGAUUGACAAAAAAAACAAAGGGAGCAUAUACAAUUUUAUUACUCACAUAUACAUCAGGAAUAAUAAUUUUGGUAUUAGAAAAGAAUAUUUUUUUGAUAAAAAAUAAAACAAUGGUUAAGGAUUAUCCUUUGUAUAUAAAGAUGGAUUUUUUUAUUAGAAAUGUUAGAUGAGGUUAUAAAACAUUUUUAUAGUGUGGUAUUUCUAUAUCUUACAUACUUUGCGUAAUGGAUCACAAAAAAUAUUUUGUAAUAUAAUUGUAAAAUUUGGUAAUUGUCAGAGGGAUGAGAUGACUGGAAUAGAACAGCCAACGUAGGAAUUCCCAAUUGGUAUACCCGGCCCAGUUAGUCAGUCCCAACCAGUCCUCAGGACCAUUUAGGAAUCCUCAACUGGGCUUUUCUUUUGUGUGACCAUGUAGGAGUUCAAGGUCGGUAUACCAGGCCAUUUAGUAAUUCCCAGUCCUCGGGACCCAUUUAGGAGUCCCCAAUUGGGUUUUUCUUUUGUGUGACCAUUUAGGAGUUCACGGCUGGUAUACCAGGCUAUUUAGUAAUUCCCAACCAGUCCUCGGGACCAUUUAGGAAUCCUCAAUUGGUCUUAUCUUUUGUGUGACACUGUAGGAGUUCAAGGCUGGUAAACAAGGCCCAUGAAGUAAUUCCCAAUCAGUCCUCGGCAGCCAUUUGGGAAUCCAGCCGUUAAAUUCGGGCUAUCAAUGAUACUUUUGAAGAGUGGAUUCAUUUAAUUAUAUUCUUCCAAGUAUCUCAUCACUAGUGUAGAAAAACAGCUCUGUAUCCCAUGAGUUUUCCACAUCCAUCCCUCUGUCAUUUGUAAUACAAAUAUAUCUACUUUAUUUUUAAUGAUAAAUAGAUUUUUCAUAUUUUAAAGAAAAAAGCAUGUAAAUAGCAGCAUAUAUAUCUACUUCAGAAUUGAUGACAUGAAAUACUUUCUUUUACGAAAUUCAAAACUUUGAAGUUAGGACUUGAUCUGCGCUAAUGAGCAAUAAAGGAAGAUUUUAAUAUAUGAAGUGAUAAAUGAAUCUUACAUUUAGUAGUACAGAAAAAAGAGAAUAUAAUAUUCUUGAUGCUAAUUGUACGUAUCCAUUAAAUUCAUUUUUCUAUUUACUUGUUGGUACUGGGCGGUAACUGUCGCCUCGAGACAAUAUUCCAGCUACUGACCGGGACUAAAAUUCUACCAAAAAAAGAAAGAAAAGAAUAUUAACAAUUGUAUCACUGCAAACUGUCCAGAUAUAUUCGUCACAAUGCAAAGCCCCAAAAUCCUACGUACAUGUACUUUCCUAGCUUUGCAUAUUUAUAGCUAUUAAAUCUUGACCCAAAAUAAAAUCAGCAACAGCUGCAGUCAUGAAGCAUAAGUAUGGGAAGCAGAAACUGUCAACACGCAUUUGUUCAUAGUUAACAAAAAUUAUGCAAGGUAUAUAAUAAUUGAUAGAAUUAUACAUGUACAUGUAUUUCUUUUACAUCAGAUUCCGGGCCAGUUGUCCUUUUAGACUAGCCCUAAUGGUUUAAAUGGCUCUCUUUUGACAUGGGUCUUAUGAUUGUGUAAUGGCGACAAUAAUAAGACCCAUGAUUGAAAGAGAGCCAUUUACAGCCCUGUUUGUAGGCUACUUUUAGUCAAUCCGGGCACACGAUCACUUCUAUCACGAAGGCCCCCUUCAAUGAUGGUAUAGCAUUAUACUAGCUAUUGUUCAGGAGCAGUAGCUCUUUUACACAAGCUAGCACAAUGCUUUCGCCAUUGAGAAAGGGGCCUCGUGACGUGAAUGAAUCAGGUGCCUGGACACGAACAGCGUCAUGCCUGUCCCUUUAGGGGCUCCGUAGGCCUGCAUGAUGUGUUAUUACAUUGAACAUCCUUAUUUUCCAAAGCGUUUGCUUUAAUUCUCCUUUAUAUUAUCAAUAAACCACGGGUGUACAUAAACUG